UUAGCCAUGACAACAAUUUUAUGUUUGUGUUUACAUUUUUGUAUUCACAAUUCACAUCACACUUUUUUUGGAUUUUAUAUUAUUUCUAACAAAAAUUAUGUCUCUUGAAAAAGCACAAAGUAGUGAGAGUGCGACUAAAAUUCAACAACCACAAGAAACAAUAGAAUCUCCAUCUCAUCUAAAUGGCGAAGAUGAUGAGAAAGGCCCGAUCGCCUAUCGAAUGCGACCAGCCCUAGCCGAUAUAUUUAAAACAAAAACAAUUAAAGAAAUAAUUCAAAGUGUCUUAACAAAAACACUUCAAGGAAAGAAAUACAAUGUGGAAGAUGCACGCAAAUGGACACAAGAAAUUGCCGAUUCUAUAAGUACAUCCGUUAAGGAUUUGAAUAUGCCACGAUACAAGCAUGUGGUUCAAAUAAGUUUGGGCCAACAGCUUGGAGCUGGAUAUAGAUAUGUGGCUAAAUGUAGUUGGGACGCAGAAUGCGAUAGCUACACUUCUGAUGUGUUUUCGAAUGCGUCUUUAUUUUGCGUUUGUACUGUUUUUGGAAUAUAUGUUUAUUAGAACUUUGUAGCAAUGAGUAUAAGAGUUUUUUAGUUAAUAAAUAUUAUUUAUGAAUUAAUCAAAA